UUUAAAAUUGUAUAUAAAAAAAUGAUGCACAGGAGAAAAGGAUCCGCGGAUUCCACGUACAGCCAGCCCUCCUCGGAUUUGUCAUUGGACGAGGAACGGGAAGGGCUGCGGCGUGAGACGGAACGACAGGCCAUUGCUCAGUUAGAAAAGGCCAAGUCCAAACCGGUGGCAUUUGCGGUCCGGACGAACGUUUCGUACGAGGGGACGAUUGACGAUGACUCGCCCGUCCACGGCAGCGCCAUCUCCUUCGGCGUCCGCGAUUUCCUUCACAUUAAGGAAAAGUACGACAACAACUGGUGGAUCGGUCGUUUGGUGCAGGAGGACAAGCCCGACGUGGGCUUCAUCCCCUCGCCCGUCAAGCUCGAAAACCUCCGGAUGCUUAACUCCCAAGCCACCGUUCGAAACUCAAAAAUUUACGCUUCCUCGUCCACGAAUAGAAACAACUCAACCACCAAUUUGGACCACUAUGGCGACACGACGGGGGGGGAGGACUCUGACUCGCUGUCGAAGGUGAAAAUGGGGAAGAACGAGCACAAACGGAAGCCGUUUUUCAAGAAGCAAGAAAACAUUCCGCCGUACGACGUCGUGCCUUCCAUGCGACCCGUCGUCCUCGUCGGGCCCUCCCUCAAGGGCUACGAAGUGACGGACAUGAUGCAGAAGGCGAUAUUUGACUUUCUCAAGCAUAAGUUUGAGGGGAGAAUAAUAAUAACCCGGGUGACUGCGGACAUUUCCCUGGCGAAGCGUUCCCUGCUGAACAACCCGUCCAAGCGAACGCUGAUGGAGCGCACAAACUCGCGCUCCUCCAAUCUCGCGGAGGUCCAGGCGGAAAUCGAGCGCAUUUUCGAACUCGCGCGGACCUUGCAGUUGGUCGUUUUGGACUGCGACACCAUAAAUCAUCCGAGUCAGCUGGCCAAGACUUCGCUAGCCCCGAUCGUGGUUUAUCUCAAGAUUUCCAGUCCCAAGGUCCUCCAACGCCUGAUAAAAUCCCGCGGAAAAUCCCAAGCGCGCUAUCUCGGCGUCCAAAUGGUCGCGGCUGAAAAACUCGCGCAAUGUCCCCCCGAAAUGUUUGACGUAAUCUUGGACGAGAACCAGCUGGAAGAAGCCUGCGAGCACCUCGCCGAAUAUUUGGACAUUUAUUUCACAGCCACGCACCCGCCCACGCCGAUCACCCCGCCCACCGGACUACCCACAAGACCACACCCCCAGCCACACCCUCAACAACAACCACACCCCUCUCAGCAGCAACCUCAUCCCCACCCCCAGCAGCAACAACUACAUUAUCAACAACAGUUUCCACAGCAACCGCAACAACAAUUUUAUCCUCAGCAACAGCAACAACAUUUUCCUCCAAUGAAACAAUUUCCACAGCAACCACAACAGCAAAUGUUUCCACAGCAACAAUACCGUCAAAUGCGUGGUGGUAACUAUGGAAACAGUGAUUUGGAGGAUUAUGAUGAAGGGACGUUUGACCAAUUGACAUCUUGGAUGCCUCAGCAACAACAACCUCUGCAACAACCACCACCGCAACCGUUUCCAAGGCAACAAAGAAUGAAUAAUUAUGCACAACAAUUUGAUGCUAUUUAAUUCUUUUUUUCUUCUCUAAUGUUUUAAUUUCUAUGGAAAAUUUGUGCCUCAAAAAUUUAAAAAUAAUAAAGACAAAA